CAGCCGUUGACAAAGGACACAGACAUGAACGCAGCUUCGGUGACACUUGCCAGUGCCCUGCAGGUCAGAGGUGAAGCCCUGUCUGAGGAGGAAAUCUGGUCCCUCUUGUCGAUGGCUGCUGAGAGGCUCCUGGAAGACCUCCGAAACGAUUCCUCAGACUAUGUGAUCUGCCCCUGGUCAUUCCUGCUUUCUGCAGCUGGAAGUCUUUCUUUCCAAGACUAUGUUUCUCACAUAGAGGCUGCGCCAUUCAAGGCUCCAGAACUGCUCCAGGGACCAAAUGAGGAUGAGCAGCCCGAAGCAUCACAGAUGCAUGUCUACUCCUUAGGGAUGACGCUCUACUGGUCAGCUGGGUAUCGUGUUCCACCAAAUCAGCCCCUGCAGCUUCGGGAGCCCGUGCACUCCCUCCUGCUGGCCAUGUGCGAAGACCAGCCUCGAAGACGGCGGCCACUGCAGGCAGUUCUGGAAGCCUGCCGGGUUCAUCAGGAAGAAGUGGCUGUAUACCCAGCCCCUGCCAGUCUCCACGUCAGUCGGCUGGUGGGCUUGGUGCUGGGCACAAUCUCUGAGGUGGAGAGACGAGUUGUGGAGGAAGGUACCUGUGAGCGGCAGAGCAGAAGCUACUUUCUCAGGAGUAAGCUGCAUCGAGCUGCCAGUGAGAGCCCUGGAGAUCGUGCCUCUGAUGGUGUGCAGCCGCGAAGAGUUUCAGAAAGAAGUACAGAGACACAGAGCUCCUCAGAGCGACAUUGGAGCAUCACGGCUCACAGUCCUUGUGGCUUCCCUCAUGGCGCUUUGGCAGGUGUGGAUCCCUGUGACUGUGAGGAGGGCCUGCAGUGUGGCUCUGGGCCUAUGCUCUUGGCAGAAACAGAAAGCUCACAGCUAGCAACAUCUUCUCCAAGGAAUUUUUUACAGAGGAACGGAAAGGCGAGUAAAGAGUUCUCCAGACCAGAGUUUAUCCUGUUGGCUGGAGAGGCCCCCGUGACCCUACAUUUGCCUGGAUCCAUCGUGACCAAAAAAGGGAAAUCCUUCUUGGCUCUCAGAGACCUCUGUGUGGUCUUGCUGAACGGACAGUGUCUGGAGGUGAAGUGCGACAUGGAGUCCACAGCCGGAGCUGUCUUCAAUGCUGUCAUGUCCUUCACCAACCUCGGGGAGACCACCUACUUUGGUUUGGCUUAUGUGAAAGGUGAAGAGUUCUUUUUCCUGGACAAGGACACCAGAUUGUGCAAAGUUGCCCCAGAAGGCUGGAGAGAACAGUACCAAAAAGGUUCCACGGAUACUUUAACACUCUUCCUGCGGAUAAAGUUCUUUGUCAGUCACUAUGGGCUGCUCCAGCACAGCCGGACAAGACAUCAGUUUUACUUGCAGCUUCGGAAAGAUGUUUUAGAAGAAAGGCUGUAUUGCAACGACGAGACACUCCUGCAGCUGGGGGUUCUUGCCCUGCAGGCUGAGUUUGGCAGCUAUCCUAAGGAGGUAGAGAAUAAAACAUAUUUCCGAAUUCAAGAUUACAUCCCAGCAAGGCUUACUGAGCGGAUGACAGCAAUCCGGGCCCAAGUGGAAAUCUCUGAGAUGCACCGGCUCAGUUCCGCACCUGGGGGAGAAGAUGCGGAGCUGAAGUUCUUAGAGGUUGUUCAGCAACUCCCAGAAUAUGGAGUCCUGGUUCACCGAGUUUUCCCAGAGAAGAAGAGACCAGAUGGAGAAAUGGCCUUGGGGGUCUGUGCCAAAGGUAUCACAGUCUACGAGGUGAAAAACAGGCGCAGAAUCGCCACAUCACGGUUUCCAUGGAGAGAAACUGGGAUGAUUUCAACUCAUAGAAAAAAGCUCACCAUCACCAGCAGUAUCACUGGAAAGAAAUAUACCUUUGUCACUGAUUCAGCCAAGACCUGUAAAUAUUUGCUGAGCCUCUGCUCCGCCCAGCACUCGUUUCAUGCCCAGAUGGACUCCGAGCAGCUGCCGUGUCUUUCAAGCGAUCAGGAUAAGUUUGUACACAUAGCCAACUUGAAUUCCGCACACCAGACACAGGCCAACCCUCUCACUUGGAUUCAGAAACUGUCGCGUUCAGAAAACGAGCUGUGUGUACCCAGGUUGCAGGAUGCCAUGGGAGGCCGGCUGAGCACGUCUGUGGAGAACAUGCAAGGCAGCAAGGAGAUCGGGACAGAGGGGAUCAAAAGCAGCCCUUACACUGGCCGAGAGCAACCGAACAGCAUCACUUCGAUUCAGAAGCCAAGUCAGCCUCUCUCUGGGACAACUGUCCAGAAUAUGUGCACAGGGUCACAGAACAGCGGGAGGAAGAGCUGUAUGGGAGAAUCCAAGCAAGACAUCGUGUCUGUAACGCUGAAGCGUGAUCCACAUCGUGGCUUUGGUUUUGUCAUUAAGGAGGGAGAAGAUACAGACCAAGCAAAGCCUGGCAUUUUCAUAUCUUCCCUUAUACCUGGGGGACCAGCAGAAAAGGCUAAAGUGAUCAAACCAGGAGGGAAGAUAUUAGCCUUGAAUCACAUCAGUCUUGAGGGCUUCACGUUCAACAUGGCAGUUAGAAUGAUCCAGAAUUCUCCUGACAACAUAGAAUUAAUCAUCUCACAGUCAAAAGGUGUUUGUGGAAAUAUCUCCAAUGAAGAAAAGAAUAGUACAGCAAGUUCUGGCACAUUCUGUACUGAUAUCCUGAGCAAUGGGUGCCAGGGAAGAGAGUCAGCACACACACGUGACCAGAACGGAAAUGCCAGAGGACCAGAAAUGGCUCAGGUGCAGAGUUCAUCACCCAGGCUCAUCCAUGCACUUGUUUCAUUCCUUAAGAUUCAAGGAGCUGCUGGUUAUUGUCCUCCAUCGCCUCUAGAAACCAAUGCUGGUGAAAUCUACUUUGUGGAGCUGGUUAAAGAAGAUGGGACCCUUGGAUUCAGUGUGACAGGUGGCAUUAACACAAGUGUCCCUCAUGGAGGAAUCUUUGUCAAGUCUGUAAUUCCUGGAGGCCCAGCUGCCAAGGAAGGACAGAUCCUACAGGGUGACCGGCUUCUGCAGGUGGAUGGAGUGAGUCUGUGCGGCCUCACUCACAAGCAGGCUGUGCAGUGUCUCAAGGGUCCAGGGCAGGUGGCACGGCUAGUCUUAGAGAGGAGAAGCCCCAGGAUUGCGCUACCGAGUCCUUCCGCUGAUGACAGGAUGGGAGAUGUGCACAUGGCUGUUUCCCUGGUAACAGCCCGGUCUGGCAGGCCUGCAAGCUGUGUCUCAGUGACAGAUGGUCCUACAUUUGAAGUCAAACUGAAGAAGAACAGCAGUGGUUUGGGAUUCAGUUUUGUGCAGAUGGAGAGAGGGAAUGGCAGCCAUCUCAAGAGCAACCUUGUUAGGAUUAAGAGGCUCUUUCCUGGGCAGCCAGCUGAAGAACAUGGAGCCAUUGCAGCUGGUGACAUCAUCCUGGCAGUGAACGGGAAGCCCAUAGAAGGCCUUGCCUUCCAGGAAGUGCUCCAUUUAUUGCGUGGGGCUCCAGAGGAAGUGACACUGCUCCUCUGCCGACCCCAUCCUGGGACACUGCCUGAGAUGGAGCAGGGGUGGCAGACCCCUGAACUAUCAGCAGACCAAAGAUUCACCAUGGCAACAUGUACUGAAUCAGAGCAGAGCCCCAGCCUAGAUCAAGAGGACAGCUGGAGGGACAGUGCCUCCCUGGACAUAGGGGAAGGCCUGGGUUCCACACCAGAGUCGUCCUACAAGGCUGUCAGAGAGGUGAAAGGAGACCAACACAGACAGGGACCCUGGGCCAAGUCCCCGAGGCGCCCUAUGGAAUCCCAUCCUCACUUGUGCAAACUCCACCAAGAACCAGAGGCACCAGCGUUGGCUACCUCUUUGGAAAAGGAUAUGAGACAAAACUGCUAUUCUGUGUGUGAUAUCAGGAGACUGGGAAGGUAUUCCUUCUCUUCUUCUCUAACCAGAUUAGCAACAGAUACUUUCUGA